UAAUUUAGUACCGAUUAAGUUUUCUGCUCUUUAUUUAGUUUGUCUUGCUCGAGCUGUGAUCACCUGAAUUGAGUUUUAUCCACUUCUGCAUUUUUCCACUUCUGCAUUGAUUCACUUGGCGUCUUUUCAGUGCAUUUAAGUUCGUCUGUAUUAAGAGAAGAUGCACAAGUCAUACGACAGUUUCUGGAAAUGGGGCAAUGCCCGGAAGAAGAUGGCAUUUGUGAAAACCAGUUCUCCGAAUGAGGCCUCACUAAUUCCAGAAGCCCAGCCCAUGCAGUUGGUGAAUGUGGGUACUGGCAGUAAUGAAAAUCACAAUGAAUCCUUUGGUGCGCUUAACAUGUUGGCAGCUGUAGCCGCUGGUUUUCUGGAAAUGGAAGAUAAGGAGGGUAAGGGGGGUUGUGGGCAGUGGGAAAUGGUUAAGCCCACUAGAUUCAGAGCACCCUCAUCACAUAAGCUGGUGAUAAGAAGAGCUUGCAACGGUGCGCUUCAAUGUGUUUCUUCAGAGCGUCAACCAGUUCUCAGAUUCAAGAGAGCUCAUGAUGAUAAGGACCAAGUAGCAGUCCCUCAUAGUCAUGUUCCCAGAUUCAAGAGAGCUCGAAACAUGAGCUCCAAGUAUUCGGAUUUCGUUUUGCAUUAGUACUAAACGUAUGAAACAGGGAUUAUGUAUCCAUAUUGUUAAUGCCCAUAUUGCAAUGUUUAUUGUAACAGGGAUUAUGUAUCCAAUUAUGUAUUCUUGCUUCUCCAAUUAAUAAAAUACAUGUAAAAUUUGAAUC